UUUUGUUAUCUUAUGUUAUCUUAACACCAUUUCAGAUCCCAUAUAAGAAAAUGGGGCUUCAUAAUUGGAUCAGGAACUUAACCAACUGUUUUUUCCUUUUAUUUUCUUUGAUGUUUCUGUUCUGGCUUUGAAGAUUGGGGUGGAAUGGGGGGUCACAAGGUCCUGAACUUUUUCUUUCUUCCCUUUUGUUUUCAUCCAAUUCUAUAAAAUUUUGAAAAGGGACUAAGAUGGUAGUUAAAAUAGUUGCUACUACUAUAGCCUAUAGGCUUUGUUUAGAUAUAUUCCUCUUGAAAAGUUUUAGUUUUCCUCAGGUCCUAUAUGCACAAUCUCGUAAUUUAUUCUGCAAAUACCAAUAAAAUAGGUUUCUUUUACAUGAGAUGAAACAUCCAAUCCAAUCUGAGGAAAAAGCAAGAUUCUGUACUAUAUAAAAUCAAAGGAAGAAAAGAGGCCUAAUUAAGUAGCUUUCAGUUGUGGAAUCAUCAUAUUGCAGCGUUGAUGGGGCAUUUUUCAUCUGCGUUCAAUAGGUUGGCAAAGUCUUUUGCAACGAAGAAAGGGAGGAGUUCUGAUGAAUGUAAUGGAAGAGAAGCGGCGGUAGCAAUGGCAAAGGAAGCCAAAAGAAAUCACUUCAUGUUGCAUAGCUCCGGCACAGUUAAUGUUGAUGGUUCUAACAACUUUGCCUCAGUUUUCUCCAAAAAAGGCCAGAAAGGAGUCAAUCAGGAUUGCUGCAUAGUGUGGGAAGAAUUUGGAUGCCAAGAGGACAUGAUCUUCUGCGGGAUUUUUGAUGGGCAUGGGCCAUGGGGUCACUUUGUGGCCAAAAGAGUACGAAAAUCAAUGCCAACAUCUUUGCUAUGCAACUGGCAGGAGACACUUUCCCAAUCUCCACUUGAUUCAGAUGUUGAUUUUGAUGUAGAGACAGAGAAAAAACAACACCGGUUUAACAUGUGGAAGCAUUCAUACUUGAAGACUUGUGCUGCCAUUGAUCGCGAACUAGAGCAGAAUCGCAAGAUAGAUUCAUUUUACAGUGGAACAACUGCCUUGUCAAUUGUUAGACAGGGUGAACUCAUUAUCAUUGCAAACGUUGGUGACUCUCGUGCUGUGUUAGCUACAACAUCAGAUGAUGGAAGUUUGGUACCAGUUCAGCUGACAGUAGAUUUCAAGCCCAAUUUACCUCAGGAAGCAGAGAGAAUACUUGAGUCCAAUGGACGAGUUUUCUGCUUAGACGACGAGCCCGGGGUGCACAGGGUGUGGUUGCCGGAUGAGGAGUUUCCAGGACUUGCCAUGUCAAGGGCUUUUGGUGACUACUGCGUCAAAAAGUAUGGUCUUAUUUCAGUGCCUGAGGUAACACAAAGGAACAUAACCAGCAAAGACCAGUUUGUUGUGCUUGCCACUGAUGGGGUGUGGGAUGUAAUCUCCAAUCAAGAAGCGGUGGAUAUUGUAUCUUCAACACCAGACAGAACCGACUCGUCCAAACGUUUGGUGGAGUGUGCAAUGCGUGCAUGGAAACGCAAGAGGAGGGGCAUUGCAAUGGAUGAUAUUUCAGCUAUUUGUCUCUUCUUUCACUCUUCACCUUCACUUGACCAAGUUGCCACCCUAGAAGAAUAGAAACAUUUAUCAUGUAAAAUUGCCGAGUCAAGUGCAACUUGCUGCUCAAUCCAUGUAAACAUGGUCCUAUAUAUUAAGGUUGAUUCAUUAGAAGGUGUCAUGUCUCAGUCUCCUUUUUAAUUUGUUAACCUAAUCAAUGAUGCCUUACUCAUUUUUUGUUUUUUUA